CUUGCUUAGCUCUCCUUAGCAACAAUAAACACAGACUCACUUUCUUCUUCUUCUUGUGCAAUGUUUCUCAAAGUCUAUACAACAAAUCUUGGAUUUCAAUCCAACCCAGUUCCCACAUUCUCACCAAUAUUCAAUCCAAGAACUCUCCCUUACAAAACUCCCAAGCUCUUUGAGUCUUCAAGUAGCCAUAGAAAUGUUUUUGUUUAUAGGUCUAAUGUUGUGGACAAGCAGCAACUAGUGUCAUUCAAUGAGCCUGAAAACAAGCUCAUUGAAGCCCUUAUCGGGAUACAAGGCCGAGGCCGCUCUGCUUCUCCUCAGCAACUCAGUGAUGUUACGCGUGCCGUGCAAGUUCUAGAAGGUUUAGAAGGUGUGCCGGAUCCGACAAACUCUAGUUUGAUUGAAGGUCGAUGGCAGUUAAUGUUUACAACUAGACCUGGAACAGCAUCUCCAAUUCAGAGAACAUUUGUGGGGGUUGACUUCUUUAGUGUGUUUCAAGAGGUUUACCUUCGGACAAAUGAUCCACGUGUAUCCAAUAUUGUAAGAUUCUCUGAUGCAAUAGGUGAGCUAAAGGUGGAGGCAGCAGCAUCAAUUAAGGAUGGUAAACGAAUACUUUUCCAGUUUGAUCGAGCAGCCUUUUCUUUUAAAUUUUUACCAUUUAAAGUGCCAUAUCCAGUGCCAUUUAGACUAUUAGGAGAUGAAGCAAAGGGUUGGUUAGACACGACAUACUUGUCUCCUUCUGGAGACCUCCGUAUCUCAAGAGGAAAUAAGGGCACCACAUUUGUGCUGCAAAAGAAAACUGAACCGAGGCAAAGAUUACUGUCAACCAUUUCCACCGGUAAAGGAGUUAGAGAGGCAAUUGAUGAGUUUAUCUCCUCAAACCAGAAUCUAACUGGAGGUCAAACAGAACUCCAAGAGGGUGAAUGGCAAAUGAUUUGGAGUUCACAGGUAGAGACAGAUAGUUGGCUGGAGAAUGCUGGCAAUGGUCUCAUGGGCAUACAGAUUAUCAAGAAGAAUGGACAAAUAAAGUUUUUGGUUGGCAUCUUGCUUGGUAUCAAAUUCUCCAUGACUGGUAGAUUUGUGAAAUCUGGCCACAGCAACAGCACAUAUGAAAUCACAAUGGAUGAUGCAGCAAUAAUCGGCGGUCAAUUUGGAUAUCCUGUAGAGAUGGAAAGCAAGUUUAACAUGGAGCUUCUAUAUAGUGACGACAAGAUCAGGAUUACCCGGGGAUACAACAAUAUUGUUUUUGUGCAUUUAAGGAUGGAUGGAUUGAAAAAGAAAUAAAAUAUAUGUUGAAUUAUUAACCAAAAGAAAAUUUGUCUACAGUCUCGUUCACAAGUAUUUCUACAGCUCUUCCUAAAAGUGGGGUGUCUUGGUUGUGAAGUUAGAAACAGGAUGAACAUGUUUGUUCUUGCUUCCUAUGUCUAAUCUAGGAGAAGAAUUGUAACAUAUAUAUAUAUAUUUAUAUUUAUAUAUAUAUAUAUAUAUAUAUAUAUAUAUUUAUGCA